GGAGACUGAACCUCGAUGAACCAAUAGACAGUUAUCUGUACUUGAUAAUAAUACCUUUAAUGCCUAAUGUUAACACGAGUAAAUGCCCGGUGGGGCAAGAGAAUAUGCUUUAGAUCGUAUAGUCAGCACAAUAAUAACUGGGCCGACGGUCAGAUCAUCCUGAAUAGAGACAUGUUCAAGGCCAGUGGAAUACUAAACUCUAAUAGAAAGUUUCCCCAUGAAUCUAUUAAACCACUGAUAUAUAAAAGGUCUGCAACUGAAUUUGAAUCUGACUACUGGAAUUUUGAUAGUACUUUGCAAGAAUUACUGCAGCUUGAUAAAGAGUUCCCCUUUGUAAUAGAUACAAGAUUCCAGAGAAUUAAUAGGUUUUUAGGAGAUAACUACAGCUUUCUGACUUCAGAGAAAACUGCUGUGCUAUUUGGUCUGGCAAAUUUAUCUAUAAAUCUCGAACAAGGUCAUGAUGACAACAAAGACUUCCAAAACAGCUUCCCCAAAUCAACCCAUCCUGAAUUUUAUGAAACUGAAAGGCUAAGAUCGUUGGGUGAGUCUUUAUUUCAGCUUCAUUUGGGCCUCUCUACCAUUUUUAUAAACGGAAAGUUUUUGACACUUCCAGCAAAUGAAAUUGAUAAAAGAACCAGCAUUUUUGAUGAUAAAGAUAGUGUCAUCUGCCUUUUCAUGAAACGUCACUUGCUUUAUGAAAGUAUACCAACUUACAAAGGGAUAAACAGAGGAGUCAUCAACAAAUCACAGUCCCCCACCGAUAAAGCCGGUCUCAAGCUGAGGUUACAAGAUAAAGCCUGUGUUGCAAGCUUCUAUACUCUCCUAGGUUUAUUAGCCACAAAAUUCAACAGGAAGGAUAUCGUUGAUAAUGUUCUUUAUACCAAAAUACUUAGGGGCCCCUCAGGUAUCGUUAACCUAUUUAUCCGCAAGGCUACAGAUCAAUCAUAUUAGUUUGAACGUCUGCCCUGUUUCUACCCCAUGCAUCCAUAUUUCAAUUUCAAUUCUUGUACAUAAUCUUUAAC